AUGCCUGAAACCGUCCAUGGCACAGACGGCGGGUCGUCAGCUUACAACGAAGACGAGAUGGCGCAGGCUCUCAAGGCUAAGUCUGCUCUUCGUACCAGAAACAAGGGCAGCGUCGACUUGCCAACUGGCCCGAGACCUAGCUCCAGCCUUGCAAGAGAAAUCAGCCUCGGGAAGACAGGCAAAGGCGAGCUGCGGACGAUCAACAUCACCAAAAACGAUCCACCGUCCAUGCACAACCGUACCAUAAGCGAACGGUCUGUUGGUGUUCCAUCGGAAGUCGGCAGCGUUACCUCAAGUGGCACAAUCGGCAUAGCCAUCAACCCAUCGCUGCGUGCAAAUAUCCCUGACCACCACAUCCCGCCAUCGUUCCACAACCCUAGCGGCCAGCUGCGCCCAAGCCGGCUGCGCGCAAACUCUCACUCCUCUGUCGAGUCGGUUGAUGAUCAAGAGGAGCCAGAAGGCGAUGAAGUGCCCAUAAUACACAAGCAGCCUACCAAUGACUCUGAGUUCAGAGACAUUGAGCUAGGUGGCUCACGCUCGGCUGGACGCAGGGUUUCACAGUUCAGCGACCUGGCACCUCCUCCCGCGCUGAACAUCGAAGGGAAAGAACCGGAGGUCAGAAGCAGUUUGACCAGCUUGCCAGAUCUAAUCCGCAGGGCCACCAAGUUGGCAUCGAACCUCGACCGUGGAAAGACGGCCAGCAAGGGCCCAGCGGGUAUCUUUGAAAUGACGAACGCAAACGAUGCUAAGAACAAAGACCGUGGAUAUUCUGGUUCGAUCACCGAUAUCCUGGCUUCAUUCCCUCCACCUGGCGUCCAGACUCCCCGAACCAACUCUGCUCAUCAUGGUGAUGACUCCAAGGGCAAGAAUAACGAGGUCGAUGUUCCUCGCACCAGACGCCGAUUCUGCGGCUUGCCUGCGCCGGCUCUUAUCGUCUUCUGCAUCGGACUUGUUCUCUUGUUUGCUGCCAUAAUCACCAUUCCACUCGCUGUUGCUGGGAAACCACGUAACCAUUCGCCUACACCUGAAAACAGCUGCGAGCUUCAGGCCCCUUGCAAGAACGGAGGCAUGAGCAUCGGAACUCCAGGCACCUGCAGCUGCGUCUGCCCCGAGGGUUACAGAGGCCACACUUGCGGCGUUCUUACUGAUCGGGACUGCGUUAUCGCUGAGCUGAAGGAUAACCGCAAACUUCGCAAUGAUGCCACUGUAGGCAGCGCAAUUCCAAGAAUCCUUCAGAAUUCGCUCUCGAGCUUCGAUAUACCACUUGAUAUUACAAAGAUCAUGCACCUUUUUGAAACUGAGGAUGUUUCUUGUACCAAUGAAAAUGCCUUGAUUACCUUCAAUAGCAGAAGCCAAAGGCGAGGACUGCCCAUGCCCAAGGAUCCUGCCGACGACGCAACUAUGCUUGAAUAUGCAUUGCCAGGUCGUCGCCGUGCCGCAAAAGGCAAUGUAGCUGGCAGAGCCCCUCAGGAUCUUAUACCAACCACGACUUUUACGAUACAUACAACACCUACUCGCAGGCCGACCAGGACACCAUCGCCUACCACUACCACGACAUCCUCUCCUACUCGAACUGCAACUACUACACGCCGCUCAUCGUCUUCCUCAACCUCCUCUCCUACUUCUACUAGUAUUUCAAGUUCAACGACCUCUACUCCCACCCCUCCACCAACGAUGGUCGACCCGUCUCAGAACGUGCUGGACUUCUCUCGGAUAGCAGUCCUUUACAUUUUUGAGAAGACCGAGCUGUUUAGCGCAGCGGAUGCAGCUCACAACGCUAUCCAGGAUGCCCUCAGACGACCUUCUGGGCUGGAGAACGGCCUUCCCACUUUCAGGCCGGUGCAACUUGAAUAUGGCACUGAUACAUUCAUUCUGAGCUUUGACACUCUUUCCAUUACCUUCUUCGAGAAAGGAGCCCAAGGAGUUGUUGUUGGCGGUAAGAGUGAGAGUGGUGACGAUUCAUAA